AUGUCAAAACCGAUGAUGCAAUGUUUGAAGAAGAGAAGGCCUGGCAGGAAGAUACUCGCGCAGCUCACAAGUCCUUGUACUGGGCCUUGGCUGACCCAGCCCAUCGCUCCUUUCGGGGUCGUCGUCGAAGCGGGAGGGUUGCACCCGUUCCUGGCCGAACAUCCUUACAAGCUGAUCGCUGAGGGUGCGGUGUCCGACCUGCCUUGGCUCGUCAGCGUCACGGCACACGAAGGUCUCUACCCGGGGCGCUUCCUUCGUGGACAGAGAGGAACUUCUGCACGAACUCAAAACGUCGUCAACUGGACCAAGAUCGCCCCUCACCUACUGACUAUAACUACACCGGUCCAACCUAGAACUUGGACAUCGUCAGUGAGCACAUCAGACAGUUCUAUCUCCAGGAUCAGGAGAUAUCCCUGGAGACCAGAGACAAGGUGAUACAGAUGAUCGGAGACAGAAUGUUUGUUGUCGACAUGGAGAAGGCCGCCAGGGCUCAAGCGGCAGUCACCAAAUCCCCCCGUGUUACUUCUACAAGUUCGCCUACCCCGGGAAGUACAGUAUCUCAGUGUUC